CAGCUGCACACUUGCCUGGCUCCUGGGGCGCGGUGUUGGAGCGAGGGGGGGAAGGAAGGAGGGAGAGCGGGCCCGCCCUUUUCCCCCUUUCCCAAGGCUCUCCAGCCAGCGCAGUCCUUUAAAUCCCCUGGCGCUCCCCAAGUCAGCUCUGAAGGGGUGGAGACUCCGCUCGGGGCCCGAGCCAGAGCAGGAGCGAGAGCAGGAGCCCGGAUCUGCUCGCUCGUCUCAGGUCAGCGAGUGGCCCAAGGUCCGGGACAUCCACGUGGGGGGGGGGGGGGGGGAGGUCACCUCCUGGUGCCUCUGCCCGAGCCGGAGCCAGGGACAAUUGUCCCAGACCAGAAGAACCCAGAGGCCCCCCACUGCUGCUGUCCUUGCGCCACCCUAAGGAGGGGAGCGGGAGCCAGGUUCCCGUGCCCCUGGCCCAUCUCUGGGGCACCCCGGCUGCUCCCCAGACUCAUGCCUGAACAGGGAACCAUAGUGGCCGGUGGAGUGAUUGCAGGACUGCUCUUGCUGGUUCUGAUUGGGAUCAUGGGGUACUGUCUCUGGAAGAAGCUGUGCGUUGCCCCUGCCUAUGAGGAGCUGAAUGGAAUGCCAUCCCCGGCUGGUGAACAGGAGAAGCAGCCUUCCCAGUCAGCAGUGAUCCAACCCAACAGGACCCAAGGCAUCCCAUUUGUUGUUCCUCCCUCCUUCCAUGGCCGGGAUUGGAUUACUCUGACCAAUGGAGAGAAGAUCCAGGAUGAGAGUGAUCCCUAUGUUGCCCCAGAAUUCUUGCCUCGAUCAUCUUUUCAUUCACUUGGGGGUGCGUAUGUGAUUGGGACAAUCAAUCCAGAGCUUUACAAGUUUCCCGAGGACCAGAGUGAGACGGACUUCCCCGAAGGCUGUCUGGGGAGGCUGUGGUUCACUGUGGGGUAUGAGCAGGAGGCCGAGAGGCUGCUGGUGGGCCUGAUCAAGGCCCGGAGGCUGCAGACCCCCUCCCUGUCAGAGACUUGCAGUCCCUUGGUGAAGCUCUAUCUGCUGCCUGAUGAGCGGCGCUUUCUGCAGUCCAAAACGAAGCGUAAAACCGCCAACCCACAAUUUGACGAGAACUUCAUUUUCCAGGUAUCCAGCAGAACAGUCACUCAGAGGAUGCUGAAGUUUUCAGUGUUCCACGUGGACAAGCAAAGAAAGCAUCACCUUCUGGGCCAAGUGCUCUUCCCACUGAAAGAUGAGAUGCUAACCAGCGAUAGUCGGCCCAUCAUCUGGAGAGACUUGGAAGCAGAGAGCAUGGAGCCCCCUUCUGAGUUCGGGGACAUCCAGUUCUCUCUCAGCUACAAUGAUUACCUGGGACGCCUGACUGUGGUGGUGCUAAGAGCCAAGGGCUUGAAGUUCCAGGAUGACCAGAAUGUUGUCAGUGUGUUUGUCAAAGUGUCCCUGAUGAACCACAACAAAUUCGUCAAAUGCAGGAAGACUUCUGCUGUGCUGGGCUCCCCCGAUCCUGUGUAUAAUGAGACUUUUAGCUUCAAGGCCGAUCCCGAGGAGCUAGACACUGCCAGCCUGAGCCUGACAGUGCUGCAGAACACAGAGGGUGACAAAACCCACCAGCUGGGCCGUGUAGUAGUAGGACCCUUCAUGUACACGAGGGGGAAAGAACUGGAACACUGGAAUGAGAUGAUGAACAAACCCAAGGAACUGGUGAAGAGGUGGCAUGCACUGUCUGGAAGCACCUAACUGCGCCUGGUCUGCAGGGACAGCGACUUCUCUGCUUUGGAAACUGCUUCUCUUCCUUUAGAAAACUAUGACAUAAGAACAAGGUGUCAUCACCGUUUUCCCCAACACCUAGCACCAGGCCGGCCUCAUAGUGGGGUGUGCAUGCAGGGAGCAGACUCUCAGACAGGAUGAGGGAAGACGUUGUCACUGGUUCUACGUCAGGAACAGGGCCUCCUCUUUCCUCGGUUAGCAUAGGGAAAAUCCUAAUAAUAUGUCCUCUUUUCUCUCUUGUGGAAUACUCUUAAAAGUCCUGUUUUGGGACCUUUCUCAUUGUAAAGCUGAAGUUAAGUCAGAAUUUCAGACAUUCAGACUGUUUGCUGAAUAGUAUAAAUGUUAUUGGGACAAACUUUGUUUUCUCUGAGGUUAAAUUCCUAUCAGCACAUGUGAGCACUCUUUUGUAGGUAGGCUGGUCUCUGUAUUCAGUCACAAAAGGAAAUACUAUUUUAAGAGGAUAGAAAUAGGAAGAAGCUAGGAAAAUAUUGUCCAGUAUACUUAUGCCAUUGUGUCAAUGAGAACUAUACAUGGGUGGGAGCAGUUGAUCACAGUAAGAGAUGUAUGACUUAUUACUUGUUUACUUGAAACUACCUCUAGAUGUGGGCAUUAGGGAUAUGUAGCAUAGGACCUAUCCCAGUGAUACAGUGACCUCCAAGGUGGAAUAAGAUUCCUUGGUGACAAGAAUGUUGUCUGAGUUAGUUGGAAGAAAAUCUCUUCAGAACAAAGAAAUAAUGUUACAAGCAUCAAAACGAGAGGGAAAUAUAAGCCGGCCAUAGUCUACUAUAGAUUAUCUAAGUCAAAAUGACUUGAACAUUGUGAUACUUGCUCAUACUGUUCAAAGGCAUUGAGACUGGGGACUGGACUACCACAGUGAAAUUCCUGAUGAAGAAUGUAUUACCUCUGUUGUGAGGGUUCCCUGGCCAGGUGUUGUCAAAAAUCUCGACUUCUGUGCUUUCCCAUACUUUGAACUAAGCCAUUGUAUAUUCCCAUACUCUUCUGGUCAUUAAAACACUUGUGAAUCAA